CAAAUUUGUUAAAUUUGCGUCUUGCAGUUUUUAAAGAAGCAUGAAUGGUGGCUCAGAAAGAAAAAUACGUUUCGGCUUUUGGAUUUCUCUAGAUGAGCUUUAAGGACCUACUUACGAAGUUGUCAAGCUGAGAAAAGGCUGUUUAUGUAAUCGCUUCGGUCUAUCACGUAGCUUCCCUAACCUAAAGACGAAAAAAGCAGGUGGAAGUCCCACCUUCUUCAGCAAACAGCUGAUUCUGUUUUCUCUUUUUCAGCCAAUGGUGACCAGAUAUUGCAGGGGAAACUAGGUGAGUCAUCUUCUGCAGAUAAACUGAAAUAUUAAUAGUUCUCUAUCUCCACCAGGCUCCCCUGCGGCCAAACGGCAAGACUCCCGGCGGCGCAGCCUGGGCCGGAGAAGACGGGCUCCCACAGCAAUGUCCACCGAGCAGCGCGAAUUAGGAGGGCGGUGAAACCCAUGAGCAGCUGCAAACCGUGCACCCAGCCUGGCAGCGUGGGAGACUGCCGUGUCCUCACCCCCAACCCCUGGCCCUGGACGCGUGUCGGGGAUCGAUGGACUUACAGCCCGCCUGACCGUGGCUCCCCCCUCCCCCUGCCCACCGGGACUCCUGCCGCGCUUGUUGCAGGAGAGGCCAGGACACUACUGGGAGAAGUAAUGCCCACAGAAAGCGGAAGUUGUUCAACUGCUCGUCAAGCAAAGCAGAAACGCAAAUCUCACAGCCUUUCUAUACGGAGAACCAACAGCUCAGAACAAGAGAGAACGGGACUCCCAAGAGACAUGUUAGAAGGACAAGAUUCUAAACUGCCCUCCUCAGUUCGCAGUACACUUCUGGAAUUGUUUGGUCAGAUAGAGAGAGAAUUUGAAAAUCUUUAUAUUGAAAAUUUGGAAUUGCGUAGAGAAAUCGAUACUCUGAAUGAACGAUUGGCUGCGGAAGGACAAGCAAUCGAUGGAGCAGAACUAAGUAAGGGCCAGCUCAAAACAAAAGCCAGUCACAGCACUAGCCAGCUCUCUCAGAAACUCAAGACCACCUACAAGGCCUCCACCAGCAAGAUUGUGUCCAGCUUCAAGACCACCACCUCCAGGGCUGUCUGCCAACUUGUGAAGGAGUAUAUUGGCCACAGGGAUGGCAUCUGGGACGUCAGCGUGGCGAGGACACAGCCCGUGGUGCUGGGGACCGCAUCAGCUGAUCACACGGCUUUGCUGUGGAGCAUAGAGACUGGGAAAUCCCUUGUUAAAUAUACAGGCCACGUUGGUUCAGUAAAUUCUAUAAAAUUUCAUCCCUCUGAGCAGUUGGCUCUCACUGCCUCUGGAGAUCAGACUGCUCAUAUUUGGAGAUACGUGGUACAGCUGCCAACACCUCAGCCUGUUACAGACACUAGCCAACAAAUAUCUGGCGAAGAUGAAGUCGAGUGUUCUGAUAAAGAUGAAGCUGAUAUUGAUGGCGAUGCGUCCAGUGACUGCCCGACUAUCCGGGUUCCGCUGACAUCUCUCAAAAGCCACCAAGGUGUGGUGAUUGCUGCUGAUUGGCUGGUUGGAGGGAAGCAGACAGUGACAGCCUCGUGGGACCGAACGGCGAACCUGUAUGAUGUUGAGACCUCUGAACUUGUUCAUUCUCUUACAGGGCAUGACCAGGAAUUAACUCACUGUUGCACACACCCCACCCAGCGGCUUGUGGUGACCUCUUCCCGUGACACGACUUUCCGUCUCUGGGAUUUCAGGGACCCUUCCAUCCACUCCGUGAAUGUUUUCCAAGGACACACGGACACCGUGACCUCCGCCGUGUUCACUGUGGGAGACAACGUCGUGUCAGGCAGCGACGACCGCACAGUCAAAGUGUGGGAUCUCAAAAACAUGCGGUCCCCCAUCGCCACCAUCCGCACAGACUCCGCCAUCAACAGGAUUAAUGUAUGUGUUGGCCAAAAAAUCAUAGCCCUCCCCCACGACAACCGACAAGUGCGAUUGUUUGACAUGUCAGGGGUGCGGCUGGCGCGGCUUCCCCGAAGCAGUCGACAGGGCCACCGGAGAAUGGUGUGCUGCUCCGCGUGGAGCGAAGACCACCCCGUCUGCAACCUGUUUACGUGCGGCUUCGACCGGCAGGCCAUCGGCUGGAACAUCAACAUUCCUGCACUGUUGCAGGAAAAAUAAGCUCACCAGGGCUGCUUAGUUGGAUGUAUGCCAUGGACAUUCGAUUCAUGCAGGCUUCUCUGCAUACCAAUCAGCCAUUUUUGUGGAAGUUUGACCCUGGGAAGGGUGCUUUGUAUGUGUUCUUUUCACAUUGUGCCCAGCUUGCAUGAAAUGUACAGAAAGAUACGUGCUCAUCCUCUUGACUUCUGUCUCCUGUGUGCAUUGGCCCCCCCGGUCGGUAGAAGUGAAGCCCUCCUCCACGUAGCACGUGAAGAGCUUGAGCCGUGGACAUUGACUGGCGGGCAGUAGGGCAUUAUUACCUUGCGUGUGUUCCAUGUGACCUUGUCUCUUACUGUAAGGCCCCAGCGGUCUGCCGUGUGCUCUGGAAUGAUUGUACUUGUCUACCUUGUAAGGCUGCAUUUGCUUUGGCUAGCGAGUCGCAGGGAGGAUCAGCGAUUUCACGUUGACAUCCGUGUGUCUCAGCAAGUACGGUUGUGUAGUAGUUUCAGUGGAUUUCUGUUACAGUUCUGUAAAAAUAACCUGGAUUUGCAAAUUUGUAGCGGGUUUCUUUUGAAAAGGAAGUUUCUGCUUUUCAUGGAAAAAAAAAAUCAUUUCAAUCUCCUGAGGUCUCAUAUAGGCAAACUCUAAAAGAUGAUGAUUCUAAUCACUGAUUGUAGGUAUUAAGCAAAAUUUAAAGCACUUUAGUUUAUAGCUGUGGUUAUAAACAGUUUUUAGAAGUUUCAAGUGACUAAUCCAUUGAAUGUGACUUGACCUUUAUAAGAAGGCCCUGCUACCUGAAAACAAAACCUUAUUUAUUUCCUACAUCUUUGGUUUGCAUACUUCUAAGUGGGUUCAUUUCCUUGGUGGUAUUGAGAGCCAACAAUGCAAAUAAAUGAGUACUACCUCAAAAAUAUUUGGAAACCUUUGGAGUCUCUCACUGUUGCCUAGUUAAAGCACUUUUGAUUUAUAGCUGGAAUACUGAAUUCAACAUAGAAGGCAAGAAAGACAAUCAUACUAAACAGUAUGCUGACGGUGAAAGGCUCUUCAGUUAGGCUAGUGGUAACAAUGACGGAGUUCAUAGGUACCAGGUGGUUGGGCUUGAGUAGCCGGCAUAUCUCUCGGUGCCAAUCUUACUGCGCGAGUGAGUCUUUAUUCUUGCCUUCUUAGAAAUGACCAUACCUCUGGUAUCUGUAAGUUAAUGUUUCCUCUUGAGUUACAGUUUUGAUAACGCGACAUCUCAGUUACUGCCCCUCGUCAUUUUGGUCCUUCACAUAUAACUAUGUGGAGGCUGGCAUCUUAGAGAGGCGCAGGCAGGGAAUUCUGAAAACUAUCACUUAAACUGUCACAGUAGCUCUGCCCCCACCCUGGUUUCCUGUGUUUCCUGGUUUUGGUGGUAUGAGAGUGUUAGUACCUCUAAGUCUAUUUGGUUGAGUGAUAUGACAGUGGACAUUCAGGAGUCCUUCUGUGGACUUACUACAAGAGUGACGAGCCCCCCUCAUUAUUGACACCUUUUUACUUGGGUCUUAAGGACCUGUUUUUAGGAACCUCACCCCUGACUUGUUCAGAAUGCUUCUGAAAUUGACACACCCAGGAAGGAGUGACCCAAGAAUAACCAAUAAUGGCUUAAGGUAGAAUCAAGAUCGCUAAUUAAGAGAUCUACAACCAAUGUUUUAGAGCAAUUCUGUUUUUAAAAUGUGUUUUAUUUUUGAAGUCCAACACUUUCUGUUCACAGGUCUGGCCCCAUUUUUUUUUUUUCUUUUUGAGAGCUGAAGUCAGGCUGUUACCAUGAUUGAUUGCAAUGUCAGGCUUCAGUUACUGUUGGGGGUGUAUUUUGCCGGGUGGAGUAUUGUGUCAUGGUGUUUGCUGUGGCCUAAUUUUAACUUACAGCAAGAGAUGAUUGGUGGAUCCCCUCUCCACUGUGUGUGCAAAGUCACAAACAUAGAUGACUGCCAUGUUCUUAGAUUCCUGGCAUUUUAUUGUAGAAUAAUAGGAGAAUUGAGGGAUGGAUAGGGAAUAGCUAACUUGGACUUAACCAGAUCUCUGCCAGACAGAAAUACAAUGGAAGCUUUUACAUAUGUCUAUGGACAGUGGCCAUUUAGUUCUAUGCAGACUGGUUACUUUCACUGCCAAUAGCUGCUCAAGCUUCUCUCUAUAACUGGGGGGCAGGUGUGUGUGUGUGUGUGUGUGUGUGUGUGCGCGCGCGCGCGCUUCCAAGAGGUGUACGCUGAGGAAAAAGUGUGCACACAUGUGCAUGCGCGUGUCACCUGGCUAAGAUGAAGUCCUGUUACCAGACACGUGUGACUCAUUUGAAAUUGUGUUCAGAAAGAACACUAUAAUGUGCCGAAGUGUCCAGAUUUUCAUUUACUGUUGGAAGGCAAAUGUGUGGUUACCAAAAAAAAAAAAAAAAAAAAAAGGUGUGUGUUUAGAAAAUUUCCUGAGCUUGGUUAUUGAACAGCGCGAUUCUUUUCUCAACCACUGUGCGUCGGUUUUUGUACAUAUUUUGGAAUCUGAAGACGAUGUAAAUCAUUUGUUACUUAAAAAUCUGUGAAAACAAAUUUCUUUGGAGGAAGAAGUAUGCAUUUGUAAGUGUUCUGUGGAUACAGUUAUUUUUAUUGUAUUGGUGUAAUUGUUUUUCAGUGUUCAGUGUUUGUUGCAAUAUGAAAUUCAGUAAAACAUCCAUGUUCCAUAAUUACUAU